AUGGCGCUCUUCGGCAGCUCGGCGCCCGCCGCCACGUCUACCACUGGGGAUAUCAGCAAAGACGUUGAAGUCAAGGAUGGAAUGCCCACGGACAGCAUCUCCGACCUAAGCUUCUCGCCCACCCACGAUUUCCUCGCAAUGACCUCCUGGGAUAAGAGUAUCACCAUCUACGAAGUUAACAACAAUGGCGCGCAGGGAAAGUGGAAGGGAGUGUGCAAGACGCAGCAAGGGAAAGAAGAGAUUCCACUUUGUUUGGCAUGGUCAAAUGACGGCACAAAAAUCGCAGCCGGAGGCGCAGACGGAACCAUCUUCUACUAUGACCUCGCAUCCGCAAGUCCUGGCGAACUCAAUCCCACGGCUACGUGGCAACCGCAUCAAUUGGGCAUUAAGGGCAUUCGCUGGUUUACAUUUCAAGGAAAGCAGGUCUUGAUCACCGGUUCCUGGGAUAAGACGGUCAAAUACUUCGAUCUGAGCGCAGCAGACCCUACGCAACCUAUGGGUGUUUUACAGUGCCAGGAACGUGUUUACAGCAUGGAUGUGAAGAACAACCAACUGCUUGUGAUUGCGACCGCCGAGCGCCACAUUCACAUUGUAAACCUGCAAGACCCCGCCAAGAUCCACAAGACCAUCUCAAGUCCGCUGAAGUGGCAGACUAGGGUGGUCAGCUGCUUCAGCGAUGCCUCGGGCUUUGCUGUAGGCUCGAUUGAAGGCCGAUGCGCGAUUCAGUAUGUCGAUGACAGUAACACCAGCCUCAAUUUCUCCUUCAAGUGCCACCGCCAACAAGACCCCUCCAACCGCGACAUCGCCCGCGUCUACUCGGUGAACGCCAUCUCCUUCCACCCGCAACACGGCACCUUCAGCACCGCCGGCUCGGAUGGCACCUUCCACUUCUGGGACAAAGACGCCAAGCACCGUCUCAAGGGCUAUCCGGACGUCGGCGGCUCCAUCACCGCCACCGCCUUCAACAAGGAUGGCAACAUCUUCGCCUACGCCAUCUCUUACGACUGGAGCAAGGGCUACGCUGCGUCGGUACCGGGCCAGAAGCUGCAGGUCAAGCUGCACCCUAUCAUAGGAGAUGAAUGCAAGCCUCGGCCGGGCAGCAAGAAGCGAUAA